UCAUAAUAAUUGCAAUAAUUACUAUUGGAUUUGUUGAAGGAAUAGUUUUAGGAAUUGUAUUCUCAUAUAUAUUUAUCAUAAUAACAAAUUAUAAAAGAGGAAAAAUUAGAACAAUAUUUCCUAACAAUUCAGUUAGAUCUUCUGUCCGAAGACAUUUCCAUGACCAACAAUUCCUCAAAAAAGUUGAUGGUAUUCAAAUCUAUGUAAAGAUAUUGGAUGGCUAUAUAUUUUAUAGAACAAUGAAAGGAGUUGAAGAUAAUAUAAAGGAAUUCCUGAUUGAUUGUGAACAGGGGUCAAAGCAAAUCAAAUUCUUAAUUUUGAACAUGUGUGAUGUUACUGGAUUUGAGAUGAAUGCUAUCCAAGUGCUUGAAAACAUUCAAAAGCAUCUUCAGCAUCGAAAAAUAUACCUUGUAAUUUGUGGAAUAUCAUCACAUGGCUCUGAUCAAGUUUGUAAAUCAUUGAAGAAAUUGUCAUUUUGGAAAAAUUCACAUAAUGACUAUGUAAAGGUUUUUAGUAAAUAUAAUGAGGCACUUGAAUGGUGUGAAGAAGAUUCACUUUUGGGAGCAUAUUAUGUUAAACACAAACCACUAUUCAAUGAUAACCAGCUUG